UGGGACAAAGGGGAGAUGGCAAAAGUUCUCAGAGGCACUGUCACCGACUACCCCGGGUUUGAUGCGCAGGCUGACGCGGAAGCUCUGCGGAAGGCCAUGAAAGGCCUGGGUACGGAUGAGGAGAGCAUCCUGACCCUGCUGACAUCCCGCAGCAACCCUCAGCGCCAGGAAAUCGCCGAGGCUUUUAAGACGCUCUACGGCCGGGACCUCCUGGACGACCUGAAGUCAGAACUGACUGGAAAAUUUGAAAAACUGAUCGUGGCUCUGAUGAAGCCCUCUUGGCUUUAUGACGCCUACGAACUGAAGCACGCCCUAAAGGGAGCAGGGACAAAUGAAAAAGUACUGACAGAAAUUAUUGCUUCGAGGACCCCUGAAGAGCUGACAGCCAUAAAGCAAGUUUAUGAAGAAGAGUACGGCUCCAGCCUGGAAGACGAUGUGGUGGGGGACACCUCGGGGUACUACCAGAGGAUGCUGGUGGUUCUCCUUCAGGCCAAUAGAGACCCCAGCACGGCAAUUGAUGAAGCUCAGGUGGAACAGGAUGCCCAGACUUUGUUUCAAGCUGGAGAGCUUAAAUGGGGAACGGAUGAAGAGAAGUUUAUCACCAUCUUUGGAACACGAAGUGUGUCUCAUUUGAGAAGGGGUGAGGCAGCCUUUGGUUUUCAUCCACUUCAUCUUUUUGAUGCAGCGCCUGACAUCAUGUUACUUGUUUUCCUAGUGAAAUCUAUUCGGAGCAUUCCUGCCUACCUUGCAGAAACCCUCUACUAUGCUAUGAAGGGAGCCGGGACAGAUGAUCAUACCCUCAUCAGAGUGGUGGUUUCCAGGAGCGAGAUUGACCUGUAUAACAUCAGGAAGGAGUUCAGGAAGAAC